AUGAGUUGUGGGGGAGGGCGGCAUGGGAUGUGCACACUCAGGAAGCCACAAAUUUGGGCAAAAGAUCAAGCUGCCCCCCCACAGGACUUGUUUGCUUGGCUCAGUGUUGCUGAGAUCCAUAGAGAGUCCCAAGCAUGGACAGUCUCUCUCGCCUCUCCUCUCUGCUGGCCUUCCUCUAUUGUCUUACCAUCAUCGCCGGAGCUCUGAACAAACCACGACCUUUAAAUCUCAGGCCUGAUGGGAGUCAUCGCUUCAGCCACCGAGCCUUGAAUUUAGGGCAAAGGAUGACAGAAGAUGGCAAGAAGUGCAAAUUCCCGUUUCGUUUUGGCGGCCGAGUGUAUUUCACUUGUAUAAACAGACCUCCGUUCUACAGAAAGUGGUGUGCAACAACACAUAACUACGACCGAGACAGAGAAUGGGGAUACUGCUCUAAUGUCGACAGGGAUGUAGCCACACAGAAUUACUGUGCAGAGAACCCCUGUGAACACGGAGGCACCUGUUACAACGUAGCCGAAAGGGGCACCUACCACUGCAUAUGCCCGGAGGGUUACACUGGGACGGACUGUGAAAAAGAGAAGUGUUUUGAUCACACGCAUUAUGAAUUCUAUGGUAUUGGAGAAAGCUGGCCCAGAAUUCACAGUGGAAGGGUGGAGUCCUGCACGUGCUUCGAAGGCAACAAUAUAAUGUGUCUGGGGGGAGCGCGAUAUACAGCCUGCAUAGAAAAUCCUUGCCUCAAUGGUGGAGCCUGUCGACUAAUGAUUUCAACUGGCAAAACAGUGUGUGGAUGUAGAGGCCAACAUGUUGGAAAAUACUGUGAUAUUGACAUCAAACAGGGCUGCUAUGAUUAUGACAAUGCAACGGAGUACCGGGGGAUCAAGAAGAAUACUCAGUCUGGGCACAGUUGCCUCCCGUGGAACUCAGACAUGCUUUAUGAAGAGAUUCACACUGGCCAAGAGAUGAAUUUUAUAUCCAAGGGUUUGGGAUCCCAUUCAUAUUGCAGAAGUCCAGACGAUGACGAGAUCCCAUGGUGUUACCUAAUGAAGGAUCGCUUGGUUUCCUGGGAACACUGCCAGAUACCAAAAUGCAGUAACAAGGGAAGGAGAGUGGUUAUGCAAGAAGAUGCUGCUGUACCCGCACAGCCAAAAUGUGGCAAAAAACAUGAAAAGCGCGUUGUUGCAAGAGGCCGGAUCCUGGGUGGCAAUUCAGCUUUACCUGGCGCCCACCCUUGGAUUGCUGGGAUAUAUAUUGGCAACUAUUUUUGUGCUGGAAGCCUCAUUCAUCCAUGCUGGGUGGUCUCCGCCGCUCAUUGCUUUGCAGACAGCCCUCCAAAGUCAAAAAUCCAUGUGGUCCUUGGACAGCAGUUCUUCAACCAAACUACAGAUGUCACACAAACCUUUGAGGUCGAAAGAUACAUUUUUUAUGACAAAUACUCAGUCUUUAAGCGCAAUGAACAUGAUAUUGUUCUAAUAAAACUGAAGAGAGUUAACAAAAUGUGUGCGAAGAAGAACCAGUUCGUCCAGACCAUCUGUCUACCCAAUGUGAACGUUCCUUUUACUGAUGACCACCAUUGCCAGAUUGCCGGAUGGGGUCGCAUGCAUCAAGAUUCAACAGAAUAUGCACAAAAUCUACAAGAAGCAAUUGUGCCACUUGUGCCCAACAACAAAUGCAGCAGCCCCGAAAUCUACGGGGCAGAGAUCAGUGAAAAUAUGUUCUGCGCGGGAUAUUUUGACUGCACUAUAGAUGCCUGUCAGGGGGACUCCGGAGGACCUCUGGCUUGUGAAAAGGACAAGAUAUCCUAUCUGUGGGGCAUUGUCAGCUGGGGAGACGGAUGUGGCAGCUUCAACAAGCCCGGAGUCUACACCAAAGUCUCCAACUACGUGGACUGGAUCAAUCGCAAAAUCAUGCCGAAGAAAACUGACUAGAGCUCGGAACCCAUAUACGUCCCAUAGAUAUUUGAAUUGGUGGCAGUUUUCAUUUUAUCCUCUUUUUCUUACUCCAAUAAGAUGACAGUAAGAGUAAGGGCAUCUUUCAUGUAGAAACAUUAACAAUUAAAAACACCAUCAUUGUAGUAUUUCAAACUGUAAUUGUAUAUACGAUAUAUAUAGGCUUCAAUAAUGUUGAAUAAUAAUGAUUUUCAAGAUAUUA